GUGACGGUGUCGAAUUGCAAAAACUUUUACAGAGAAGUGAUAAAGCAAACAAACACACAAGUUACAUAUCAAAGCCAUGGGAGGGGAACAUCGACAUCGGACUCAUACACGAACUAACCCAGGCACUGGGAUUAAAGGAUUCCAAAACAACAACAACAUUAUCAUAUAUUAUGCUAAAUCAGACGUACUCCUGAUUUUACAGCAGUGAAGGUGGAGUGGCAGAAGUCGGCAAUAUACCUGGCAUCAGUAUACAUGCCACAUGAUAGACCAGCGCCGCCAGACGAAGUGGCUCGGUUCUUAUCAUCACUUAACAAUACAUACCAACUGUUGAGGGGGCAGUUCGGAAACGAAUGAUAAAGUUUCAGUUACAUUCUUUGAUAUAUGGAUUAUCAUAUAAAUAAAUUUUCUCGGUCCCAUUUUCAUAAAUAUGAAAUCUGUAGAGAAAAGUUGAGAAAAAAGAAGGUGGGAACCUGGCUUCCCACCAUGCUGCAAAGGGUUAAACUCUCUGGUGAGCCAUGCGCAAAAAUUCAUCAAUCUAAAGAAAGAUACAGCAAUGGUGGAAGAGACAAAAGCCGUAAUAACCAACGCAAUACAUGCAAAUACACGCCAAAGCAAGAACGAUGCAACUAAAAAUAGCAAAACAAAUAAAGCGAAGAUUCUCACCCUGUUGGAAUUGCGGAGACAUGCACUAUGCAAAAUAUUGUACAUAUCGCAAUCAAAAGUGUAACAAGUGCAACAAAUACGGUCAUAAGGAGGGGUACUGUAAUUCAUACAGCGCCAGCAAAAGCAAAAGCACAAAACCUCAGCGACACAAGCAACAACAAACGAGCAACAAAGGUCACAACAGUUGCUUACAAGUAAAUUCAAUAACGCAUGUUAAUCGACGCAAAUACACAACAGUAAGCAUAAUGCCGAUAGAAACCGCAACUUCAUCGUUUCCGUCGUGUGAUGUCAGAAUGCAGGUGGACACCGCCUCGGACGUCUCGCUAAUCGGAAAGUCCACAUGGAUACAAAUGGGUCAACCGGGAAUACGGUUGGAGAACAAAUACGUUCCCAGCGCAUCAAAAGAUAGGAUUCAACUACUAGCCGAAUUCUCUUGUGAAGCUAGGCUAAACGGGGAAGUACAAUACUGUAAUUUAUUCGUAACAAAUAUUGAUUCUUUGAACAUCUUAGGAGUUGACUGGUGUGACAUUUUCCAUAUUUGGGAAAAGCCUCAAUCUCAUUUGUAACAACAUCAUAUCGGUUCAAGAUCAACAAUCUACUAUUUUGAAGCAUAUACAGCAAGACUAUGCGGACAUAUUCAAGUCAAAUCUGGAAAGUUGUAGCACAGUUACAUCAGCAUUGCAUCUAAAGCCGGAUGCUAAACCAAUUUUUCGCGCAAAAAGGCCAGUAGCAUAUUCCAUGCUACCGUACAUUGAAGAAGAACUAAAUAGAUUACAUCAAUUAGGGGUUAUCACCCCUGUAGAAUUUUCUGAAUGGGCCGCGCCUAUCGUCGCAGUGAAGAAACCGUCUGGCAAGGUUCGGAUCUGUGGCGAUUAUUCAUCAGGGCUAAACGCAUGGUUAAACCCGCAUCAAUAUCCGCUGCACACGCCAGAAGAAAUUUACGCAAAGGUCGCGGGAAGUCAUUGUUUUACCGUAAUAGACCUAUCAGACGCGUAUCUACCGAUACCCGUCACAGCAGAGUCAGCCAAGCUGCUCACCAUUAACACGCAUAUGGGUCUGUUUACGUUCAAUCGACUCGCACCAGGUAUCAAAAGCGCUCCAGGAGCGUUCCAACAAAUCAUGGACACCAUAUUGGCAGGCAUAGAUGACACCGUCGCUUACAUAAAUGACAUCAUUAUAGGCGGUGCAACCUUUGAGAAACAUGUCGAAAACCUUCAUAAAGUGGCGCAACAGCUACAGAAGUAUAAAUUUCGGGUCCAGUUCGACAAAUGCAAAUUUUUUGCUGCACAGGUAAAAUAUUUGGGAAACAUUUUAAGCAAAACAGGUAUAAAACCUGACCCCACCAAAAUAAGCCAGAUUCUAGCACUACCAGAACCCAAAAAUAUGUCAGAAGUCCGAGCAUUUCUGGGCAGUGUAAACUAUUAUGGAAAAUUCAUCGCAGAAAUGUCCAAAAUCAGAGCACCUUUGGACAAAUUGCUUCAUAAAAAUGAAAAGUUUAAUUGGAACGCUGAUUGCCAAAAAGCCUUCCAGCAAUUCAAACGCAUUUUAAAUUCAGAUUUAAUGCUUACAUUGCAUUAUAACCCCAAUUUACCAUUGAAAGUGGCAGCAGACGCCUCCAAUAGAGGAAUCGGUGCGUUUAUUUGUCACGUUUUUCCGGACGGAUCAGAGAAGGUUAUACAACACGCCUCAAAAGCUUUAACGGAUGCAGAGCAAAAGUACUCGCAAAUUGAAAAGGAAGCUUUAGCAUUAGUUUUUGCGUUAAAGAAGUUCCACAGAUUUAUUUUUGGACGUAAGUUCACAUUGUGCACGGAUCAUAAGCCGCUAAUCGCAAUAUUUGGUAAAAAUAAGGGCAUCCCAACGUACACAGCAAAUAGGCUUCAGCGAUGGGCACUAAUAUUGAUGAUUUACGACUUCAAUAUCCAAUACAUUAAAACAACAGAAUUUGGAUGUGUAGACAUGCUUUCGCGCCUUAUAGCUAAUCACACAAAGCAAGACGAAGACAUAGUGAUAGCUUGUACGCAAAUGGAAGAAGAAAUGAACACAAUUAUUGAAGACCAAUGUGAAAAACUUCCGGUGAGUUUUGAAAUGAUAAGAAAAGCUACAAAGCAAUGUUCAACGACCCAAGGUGUCAUAAACGCAUUAUCAAAUGGAUGGAAGAAAUAACACCAGAAUUACAGCCACUUUAUGCACGGAAGGAUGCACUCAGCGUGAUUCAAGAGUGCCUAAUGUUUCAUGAACGCAUAGUGAUUCCGAAGAAAUUACAACCACGAAUUUUACGUCAACUACACAGAGGACAUCCAGGUAGAGAACGGAUGAAAUUGUUAGCAAGGAGUUACGUGUAUUGGCCUGGUGUGGACGAAGAUAUAGUCUCGUAUUCACGAAAUUGUCAACUUUGUGCAUCAACAGCAAAAAUGCCUGUAAAACAUACACUACGAUCAUGGCCGUUAGCAACAAAACCAAUGGAACGGUUACGCAUUGAUAUAGCAGGACCAUGCAAUGGUUUUUAAUACUUCGUAAUCGUAGAUUCAUUCUCAAAAUGGCCUGAAAUUUUUCAAAUAGAGAAUAUCACAACGCAAACAAUCAUUAGCAAGCUAAAUGAAACGCUUUCACGUUACGGAGAUUGUGACACACUGGUCUCCGAUAACGGCACACAAUUUACGAGCGGAGCGCUCGAACAAUUCGUAACAUCGCGGGGUAUUCAACACAUAAGGACAUCGCCUUAUCAUCCCCAGUCCAACGGACAAGCGGAACGGUUCGUAGAUACACUGAAAAGGGCAUUAAAAAAAUUAAAAAUGGAAGGAACGGAUUCAGAAAACUUGCAAACAUUUUUGCAAACGUAUAGAUCCACACCAAAUCCGAAUGUGGUACAACGUAAAUAUCCGGCAGAAGCCUUCCUUAACCGGAAAAUCAAAACAACGUUAGACUUAACUAAGCCCCAAACAACGGAAAUCAAACAACGAAAUUUAAAACAAGAAAAGCAGUUUAAUGUCAAACACGGAGCAAAAUCUAGAGAAUUUUCGAAUGGAGACCUUGUAAACGUUAAAUGGCAUCAAGGCAAUGAUACGUUUUGGGUUCCUGUCGUUAUCAUAGAACGGAUUGGUUAUGUGAACUGCAAUGUCAGAAUUGAAGUAAAGGGCAACUCAAAACUGAUUAGAUCACAUGCAAAUAAAAUGGUAUGGAAACCAUACUGGCAAUCGCGAUGUGACUAAAUAUUUAUGCGACGUUUUUGAUCUCACAAAACUACCACGGUUCAAUGAAGAAAAUCAACCAGUACUACUGCCAGAAACUGUUGAAGUGGCUCCCCUAGUGGAAACCACCUCAUCUGGUUCUAAUGCACAUGAAGGAACGAAUAGAGGAACAUCAACGAGUCGCAGGAUUCGUAGACCACCAGCAUAUUUGAAUGAGUAUGAUACUUCCUAACAAAGGGAGGUGUUGAGGAAUGCGAAAUAGUAAUAUGGCAAUCCUGAUCUAAAAUGUCAAAAAGCACUAUAAUUGAGAUGACAGACAGUCGAUCGUAAUAAGCUGAAUUAAUUAAACACUUUGAUUGAAUUGUAUUUGGUAUAGCAUUUAAUAUUGUUAACUAAUUAGAAGUAAUAAACGUUCUGAAGUAAACAUAUAAGUGUGGUGUCGGUAAGUUGGCACACACCAGAGAGUAUAACAGGUGGAUCAUACCACACAUCACAACAAUUACAAACACACAAAUUUCAUCACCCAAACAUGUCUACCUCAAAGGAAAAUCUACAGACACAGCUCUUCAUGAGGUUGUAAGUGCGAUUUAAAGGAGCAUAGAAUACAAAAAAUACUCACUAGUCGCUUUUCUCGACAUAGAGGGGACGUUUAACAACGAUAGCACAAGAUUCAUAAUUGAGAUUCUUAAUAUGUUAGACGCAGACAUAGGUCUCAACAAAUGGAUAGAGAACGUGCUUAAAACUAGAAUAAUCAUCGGUGAGGUGGACAGCAGGACGGUAAAACGCUGUCAACAAGGGAACCCCUCAAGGAGGGGUCUUAUCCCCUUUGCUAUGGUUAUUAGUACAAUUAGUACAAUAUCCGUACCAAAUUCAAGCGAAAGGGAAUUAAAGCAGUGGCGUAUGCGGAUGACAUAGUGCUAAUGGUUUCAGGAAUGUUUCCAACCAUAAUCAGUUAGAUUAUGGAAGGAGCUCUGGGAUUACUCAGCAAUUGGGCUCAGACUGUGGUUUAAGUGUAAACCCGAGCAAUAAUGAACUGAUACUAUUCACUAAGAGAACCAAGAUACCAAACUCUAAUCUCCCAAAAUUAAACGGCGUUAGUCUUAUGCUAACCCAACAGGCAAAAUACUUAGCUGUCAUCUUAGAUCCUAAACUCAGCUGGAGGUUCAACGUAGAGUACAGGGUAAAGAAAGCAAAUACAGCAUUUUACAGAAGAGAAGUAAGGGAAUGUGGGAUAAAAACUGGGGUAUCCAACCAAAACUAUCUAUUUGGCCUUACACAGCCAUUGUAAGGCCAAAACUAACAUAUGCGGCACUAGUCUGGAGGCCUGCAAUAGAACUGAUUACCAGGGAUGGCUGCAACGUGCAUAGAAAGGACCGCGAGCGAGACAACGGUUGUGGCCUAGCGUUCAUAGUCCACCAUACAGUGCAGUAUCGUCUCAUCGAAGAAGGCGCCGACCGCAGGGACAACACCUUACAAUGUCAAGGUAUAGAUGUCCGGUCAGGCGAUGCCGAGUUCGAAUUUUAUAAUAUUUAUAUACAUACAUCAACUUCAACAAAGCUGAUUGGUCCAGAUUCGCGGAAUUUACUGAGGACAUCUUUGCCGCUCUACCCAUUCCCACCGAGGCGAUCACAGCUGCUACGGCCCGUUUUAUACCCGCUGGACGGAUCCGGUACAUACGCCCCAAUUUCCCAGCUGAAGCAGCUGUUCUGGCGAAUGAGCGUGAUCGCCUACGCCAGGCCGAUCCCGGAGAUCCUCGAAUAAAAGAUCUCAAUUCGGAGAUCCGGCAACUGGUAACCCGAUAUAAGCGGGCUAAAUGGGAAGAGCAUAUGAAGUCCUGCAACUUCACCUCUGGUGUGAGCAAGCUCUGGUCCACCGUGAGGUCCCUGUCGAACCCGACGAAGCACAACGACAAGGUGGAUAUCACCUUCAACGGCGUACUUCGUCGGAUCCGAAGAGAUGCGCGAGCAACUUUAGCCGGCAAUUUAUACUGCAUCCUCCGGCCCACAGAUCCAAACUGACACACAACAGUGCACCGCUUGCUUUCUCCAGCGACGAGGUUCAGGGGGCCAUCAAACUCUUGAAACCAUCUAAAGCCAUUAGCCCUGACGGACUAAAUAUGCUGAUGCUGAAAAAGCUGGGUCCACUGGGAGUAGAAUUUCUCACUAAGGGCUUCAACCUGUCUAUGGCCAAUCUCAUCAUUCCUGAUAAGAGCCUAAUUUCCACAGAGUGGUUCCACUACUGGAGCCAGGGAAACCCGCCAAUCAAGGGGAGUCUUAUCGUCCUAUAACUCUCCUUUCCCCACUAGUGAAGACUCUUGAAGCCCUUCUACUGCCACUCCUUACAGAACACCUGACCCCAGCCCCAUACCAGCAUGGUUUCCGAAGAAUGCAUAGCACCACCACGGCACUCACCGUGAUUAACACCCAGGUAAACCGCGGACUUAACCAAAACCGCCUCUGCGAGAGGACUGUCGUAGUAGCGUUGGAUUUACAAAAAGCUUUCGAUACAGUCAGCCAAUCCACGCUACUAGAUGGCAUUUGACAGUCGACACUCCCGCCAGGAUUAAAGAGGUGGACCGCGAACUACCUGAGUGGUCAUCACUCGUCAGUGAUAUUUCGAGACCAAACGUAUAAUUAGAGAAAAUAAAGCAAGGCGUACCGCAGGGUGGUGUCCUUUCACCCUUGCUUUUUAAUUUCUAUAUUUCGAAACUCCCCCAGCCACCAGAGGGAGUCUCCCUGGUCUCAUACGCCGACGACUGUACGAUAAUGGCGUCGGACAAUGACAUUGAUGGCCUAUGCACCAAAGUAAACGACUACCUCGCCCGUUCCCAUGGCAGCCGGUUCUACGUUACCGGAAUGACUCGGGUUUUUCCCGACCAAGGGCUGCCGCCCCAGUAUACUAGCCCUGUCUAGUGUAUCGCAUAUCACCUCACCCCUUACGUCACAGGAGCAAACUCUCGCAGCAAUCGUGCUCCAAAUGAUUAUCCUCAGGGCUGGAAUCGAAUCCAACCCUGGGCCAGAAGUAUUCUACUGCUGCGUCAGCCACAAACGCCUUCACCCGAACUCCACCUCAGUUAGGUGUAAUAAGUGCAACGGGUGGAGCCACCUUAAGACCUGUUCAGGUCUUAAGUCGCACAGGGAGUGGUCCACACGGUAUGUGGCCACGUGUUGCUCCCGCCAGCAGGCGUCUGAUGCCUCCACGGCUACUACACCCCCUGAUAAGCCGGCACUACCAACCGCCACCACAACCCACACCUCCACGGUGAGGAGCCCAUCGGAGCAACACAACUCCCCUUCAACCCCUCCCCUCCCUUCCUGCUCCAACCCCAGUGCGGGGACAAACCAGCAGCUCCUGGUCCCCCGUACAGUCUGUUCCGUGUGUCAGACCGUAAUACCUCGGAAUCUGGUAUCAGUCCAAUGCAAUUCCUGCAUUGGCUGGUGCCAUUUUCGGAGAUGUUCCGGCCUGCGCACCACCCGUGAGUGGACAACUGCCUACGUUGCCCCCUGCUGCAGAGCUCUGCACCCACCAUCGCCCCCGGAGGCGCGGCCGCCCACCACCAUCAGGCCACAACAACCACAGUGGAUUGCGCAGCAGGUCCAACGUAGACAACCCCACGCGUCCCUCACCCCCCGAGUUACACUGACCUUAUCGAGAAGCUUCAAGCUUCUACAAUUUAACUGCAACGGACUCACGAGUAAGGUCGACGAGAUAGUUAACUUUAUGAGCCGGCACUGUAUUAAAAUAGUUGCGGUCCAAGAAACCAAGCUGCACGCUAGGUCAUCGCUGAUCACCAGGGAUGGCUAUAACGUGCACAGACACGAACGCGAGCGAGACAAUGGUGGUGGCCUAGCGUUUAUAGUCCACCACAAUGUACAGGAUCGUCUUAUCGAUGAAGGAAUCGACCGCAGGGACAGCACCUUAGAAUGUCAAGGCAUAGCUGUCCGGUCAGGCGAUUCCGAGCUCGAAAUAUUUAACAUAUAUAUACCCCUUGUCACCUGCUGCCCGGCAGGAUAUCACCCUGAUAUAGGUGCGCUCAUCAGAGGUGAAAACCGAUUGGUUGUAGGUGACUUCAAUGCGCAUCACGAUCUUUGGCAUUCAAGCCUGCCAAAUGAUCGUAGGGGACAGCAACUGGCAGAGCAGAUAGACGACUCGACAUUCAGCACUGUGAACGACGACGCCCCCACCAGGGUAGUGGGCAAUUGCAGCAGCUCGCCUGACCUAACAAUAGCUAGCGCGGGUCUGAUAAAUAGCAUAACGUGGCGACCUAUGCUAUCGCUUGCAUCAGAUCACUUGCCCAUUAUCGUCUCGAUUGAGAGACCUGCCAACUUUGUUUCCGCGAAUCACCGGUCCUAUUUUAACUUUAAAAAAGCUAAUUGGGCCGGCUUCACGGAAUUCACUGAGGACACCUUCGCCGCUCUUCCCAUCCCCACUGAUGUGCGCGUAGGCGAACGCGUAUUCCGCAAGGUGCUCACAGCUGCUGCGGUUCGCUUCAUUCCAGCUGGAGGUCAUAAGGACAUCCGUCCUCAUUUCCCAGCCGAAGCAGCCAGCUUGGCCAACGAGCGUGACCACCUACGCCAGGUCGAUCCCCGGGAUCCCCGCAUGAGGGAUCUCAAUUUCGAGAUCCGGCAACUAGUAGAUCAACACAAGCGGACCAAAUGGGUUGAGCAUCUGAAGACUUGCAACCUCACCACUGGUGUGAGUAGGCUCUGGUCCACCGUUAGGUCCCUGUCGAUCCCGACGAAGCACAACGACAAGGUGGCUAUCACCUUCAACGGUUGCACUUCGUCAGACCCGAAGAGAUGCGCGAUCUAUUUUAGCCGGCUUUUCAUACCGCAUCCUCUGGGCGACUGAACCAAACGUCGUGCUACCAGAAGGCUGCACAAACUGACGAACGACAGUGCGCCACUUACUUUCUCCGGAGAUGAGGUUCAGGGGGCCAUCAACAAGUCGAAAUCAUCGAAAGCCAUUGGCCCUGACGGAUUAAACGCGCUGA